AUGGCUGCUUCUCAGAGAAUUGCCAUCGUCUCUGUCUACGAUAAGACGGGACUGCUCGAUCUCGCCAAGGGCCUCAUCCAGCACAAUGUCCGCAUCCUGGCUUCGGGCGGCACCGCCAAGAUGAUCCGCGAGUCCGGGUUUCCUGUCGAGGACAUCUCGGCUAUCACCAAGGCACCCGAGAUGCUUGCCGGCCGGGUCAAGACUCUGCACCCGGCCGUCCACGCAGGCAUUCUCGCCCGAAACCUCGAGUCCGACGAGAAGGACCUGUCCGAGCAGAACAUCGACAAGGUCGACUACGUCAUCUGCAACCUCUACCCCUUCAAGGACACUGUCGCCAAGAUCAACGUCACUGUCCCAGAAGCUGUCGAGGAGAUCGAUAUUGGUGGCGUUACCCUGAUCCGGGCUGCCGCCAAGAACCACGCCCGUGUCACCAUCCUCAGCGACCCCGCCGACUACGCCGAGUUCCUCAAGGAGCUUGAUGCCGGCGAGGUCAAGGAGUCUAGCCGCAAGCUCUACGCCCUCAAGGCCUUUGAGCACACUGCUGAUUAUGAUGCCGCCAUCUCCGACUUCUUCAGGAAACAGUACGCCGCCGAUGGCAACCAGUUCCUGGCCCUUCGAUAUGGCGCCAACCCCCACCAGAAGCCUGCUUCGGCCUACGUCAAGGAGGGCAAGCUGCCGUUCAAGACCCUGUGCGGAUCUGCCGGCUACAUCAACCUCCUCGAUGCCCUGAACAGCUGGCCGCUCGUCAAGGAGCUCAAGGCCGCCCUCGGAAAGCCUGCCGCGGCCAGCUUCAAGCACGUCUCGCCCGCCGGUGCUGCCAUCGGUACCCCCCUCAGCGCCGAUGAGCGCAAGGUGUACAUGGUUGACGACAUUCCUGGCAUUGAGAUGUCUGCGCUUGCUCAGGCCUAUGCUCGUGCCCGUGGUGCCGACCGCAUGAGCAGCUUCGGCGACAUGAUUGCCCUCAGUGACGUUGUCGAUGUCCCGACUGCUAGCAUCAUCUCCAAGGAGGUUUCGGACGGUGUGAUCGCUCCUGGCUACGAGGAUGCUGCGCUCGAGAUCCUCAAGAAGAAGAAGGGCGGCCGCUACCUCAUUCUUCAGAUCGACCCCGAGUACGAGCCUCCCAAGAAGGAGACCCGGACCGUGUACGGCAUUAGCCUGUCGCAGCACCGAAACGACGUCGAGAUUUCGCCCAAGUCCUUCAGCACCGUCAUCACUCCCAAGGAUGCUGGCCCGCUGCCCGAGACUGCUCUCCGCGAUCUGACUGUGGCGACUAUUGCCCUCAAGUAUACCCAGAGCAACUCGGUCUGCUACGCUUACAACGGCCAGGUUGUUGGUCUCGGCGCUGGCCAGCAGUCCCGCAUCCACUGCACACGCCUGGCUGGUGACAAGGCCGACAACUGGUGGCUCCGCUUCCACCCGCGCGUUCUCGGCAUCAAGUGGAAGAAGGGCACCAAGCGCCCCGACAAGAGCAACGCUAUCGACCUGCUGGUGAGCGGCCAGCUCCCCAAGUCGGGCUACGAGCGUGAGCUCUUCGAGGGCAUGUUCGAGGAGGUGCCCCCCGCCUUCACCGAGGCUGAGAAGGAGGAGUGGCUGAGCAAGCUUACCAAUGUCGCCGUAUCAAGUGACGCUUUCUUCCCUUUCGUCGACAACGUCUUCCGUGUCGCCCGCUCAGGAGUCAAGUACAUUGCUGCGCCUGGCGGCAGCCAGAACGAUCAGCCCGUCUUCGACACGGCCGAGAAGCUUGGCAUCACCUUUGUCGAGCAGAACGUUCGGCUCUUCCACCAUUAA